AUGGCGCCGCAGUCAGGCAGACCGCCAGGGCCGGCGAACAAUGACCAAACCUCCGACGACGGAACCCCGAUUGGGCCGCCGUCGGGGCUGUCCUCGAUCCCCACCCAGUACAUUUCCGAACAGAGCCUCCGACAAAUGCUCAAGAGUAUUGCCUACGACGAAGCGCGCGAAGACACAUACCGCCUCAAGGGUGUCCAGUUAAUAGACAGCGUUCGGGGAAGCCUACAUUUGCCCGUGAAGACAUUUGACACUGCGGCGGUUUACUACCACAAAUUUCGCAUACGAUUCCCUAGUUCGGAAUACAACUACGAGGAUGUCGCCUUGGCGUCCUUGUUCGUUGCUUGCAAGGUCGAGGAUACCAUCAAGAAGUCCAAAGAGAUUCUCUGCGCCGCCCACAACCUGCGGCAGCCCCACGACAACAAGACAGCGGAUGAUAAGGCAUUUGAGUCUCCGUCCAGAUUCACUGUUGGGCUAGAACGCCACAUCCUCGAGACGAUAGGGUUUGACUUCCGAGUACAAUACCCGCAGAAACUCUUGAUAAAAAUGGUGAGGUCCAUGUUCUCGCCGCGCGGCAACGAGGGAACAGAAGAUGGGCAAAAUUUCCUCCGCGUGGCGUACGACAUGUCCAUCGAUGUCUACAAGACAUUUGCUCCCAUCAAGCAGUCCACCUUUACUCUUGUCUUGGCCAUCCUCGAGCUCACUGCCCUCUUCACCGGCAAAGGCUCCGAGGCCGUCAACCGGUUCAAGGGAUCGCAGUGGCACUCAAGUAAAGCCUCAAUUCUGGAAACGAUGCUGGAUCUUCUGAACCUGUACACCCAGUUUCCCAGGUCUACCAAGGUUGGCGCCAGGUUCAAUUUGAACAAGCUGAUGGACGUUAAGAUCGACCUCAACAAGAUGGUGUCAAAAGAAGGGAACCAGCGAUACUACCCUUGGUGCGACCGAUGUGCGCAGGACGCGUUGGAAGCAAAUCCAGUCACACCAGGCUCGGCUACGUCACCAGCGACUAAUAAUUCCUUGUCGGGCAGCAGCACAGUGAAGCGGAAGGUUACGGCCAGUGAAGGGACUCUGCGUUUUGUCUUUGACGCCGAGCUGGCGCGCAAAGAGCGAGACUUGAUUGCAGAAUACCACAAUAACGAGUACGAAGAAUACGAGGUCCAGGUGGAGGAGCCGAUCCGGGAGACCGAGUCUCGCCACUCGAGCCGCAGCAGCCAUAACCACUCGCACCGGAACCACGGCAGCCACAACAGCCACAAUGACAACCACGGAUGGUCGCCCUACCAGCGCAGCCGACACGGGAGCCAUCAAAGCGACCGUCCCAAGGGCCGCAAGACCUAUGCCUACUAUUGA